AUGAAGGUAGAUAUAAGUUUUUGUAGUGGGCUUGCAGUUAGGCUCGUUCCCAGGGAUAGCAGAGAUGGUCUAAGAGUAACAUCAACAGAUUCUUCUGAACUUUCAGAUUAUAAAACUAACUUCAAGAUUCUACAUGACUCGGCGUAUGCUUUAAUGAUUUCUUUUGGCAGGUUGGAGGAUGAUUGCUGUGUUCCUCCGUUGUUGCGGAGUUCGAAGCUUUUCAAGAAGAGAUACCGUUAUUACAAUCUCAGAAUUGCUACGCUUUUGUAUUUGAUUAUCUACCUUUCAAACUCGUCCUUUGAAAAGGAUAUUCGAUCUUUAUACUUGAACAAAACCCAUUUUAAUCUUAAAACUUUAUAUUUUGCAGAAGUAACUGCCAUGGGAAAUUGUAUUUCAGUCAGUCGGAUAAAAAAGCAAAGGAGUUUACCGAUUUCAAACCUUUCAAUGGCAUCUUCGUCGCUAUCUUCUCACUCUUCUGCACCCGCGUCUAAUUCACCGAUUCCAAACCUUUCGAUAGCAUCUUCGUCGACAAUUAAUAUUUCUCAAUCUGCAUCCGCUUCUUCUUUACCGCUUCUAAACCUUUCGAUGACAUCUUCGUCGUCAUCUUCUCAAUCUGCUCCCGCUUCUUAUCCACCGCUUCAAAACUUUUCGAUGGCAUCUUCGUCGCUAUCUUCUCCAUCUUCUGCACCCACUUCUUAUUCACCUAUUCCAAACCUUUCGAUAGCAUCUUCGUCGUCAAUUUCUCAAUCUGCAUCCACUUCUUAUUUACCGCUUCCAAACCUUUCGAUGGCAUCUUCUUCGCUAUCUUCUCAAUCUUCUGCACCCACUUCUUAUGAUGUAUUUUUAAGUUUUAGAGGAGAAGAUACCCGGAAGACCUUUGUAGAUCACCUCUACUCCGCCCUCAAACAACGCCUAAUCCACACUUAUAAGGAUGACGAAACACUUCCCCGGGGUGUAUCCAUCGGUCCAUCCCUCUUAAAGGCUAUCAAACAAUCAAGUAUAGCUCUCAUUAUUUUCUCCAAAAACUAUGCAGAUUCUUCUUGGUGUUUGGAUGAACUUGAGUUUAUCAUGAAAUGCAAUGUGGAGACCGGGCUGAUCGUUAUGCCCAUAUUCUACGACGUGGACCCCUCUGAGGUAAGGAAACAAAAGGGGGAUUUUGGAGAAGGAUUUGCUAAGCAAAAGGCAAAGAACAUCACCAAAAUUGAAUCAUGGAGAAAAGCACUUGUUGAUGCAAGCAACAUUUCUGGAUGGGAACCCAAAAACAUUGCUAACGGGCAUGAAUCAAAAUUCAUAAAGGAGAUUGCCGAUAAAAUUUUCGAUAGAUUGUUUCCCUCUGUUUUAGACAUUGAUGAUGGCCUUGUUGGAAUGAGGACUCGGUUACAAGAAAUGAAAGCACAAUUAGAAAUGGCGUCAGGUGAAAUACGCAUGCUUGGAAUAUGGGGGGUUGGUGGCGGUGGCAAGACUACCCUUGCGACUUCCGUUUAUAUGGAAAUUUCUCAUCAGUUUGAGGGUAGCUGCAUUGUGGAGAAUAUUCGAGGGGAGUCAAGCAAAAAUGGUUUAGAACAAUUGCAAGACAAGCUUUUAUCAUCUAUUUUUAAAAGAAAGGUGGAAGUACACAGUAUUACAGAAGGAAAAAACAUGAUAAAAACUAUGUUACGUCAUAGAAAAGUGUUAAUACUUCUUGAUGAUGUUGAUAAACUUGACCAAUUACAAGCGUUAGCCGGAUCACAUAAUUGGUUUGGAGGUGGGAGUCGAAUAAUAAUCACAACUAGAGAUGAGCAUUUGCUAAGAGUCCACAAGGUUAACCAGGUUUAUCCUGUGAGAUUGUUAUCAGAUGACGAGGCUCGUCUGCUAUUUAAAAUACAUGCAUAUAAUGAAGGUAACCCAAUAAAAGAUUACGAGAAGCUAUCAUUACGUGUGGUUUCCUAUGCAUCCGGGCUUCCAUUAGCAGUUAAAGUUUUAGGUUCUUUUCUAUAUGACAAAGACGAGAAGGAGUGGAUGAGCGCGUUGGAUAGAUUGAAAGACGUUCCCGAAAUGGAAAUUGUAAGGAAGCUCAAAAUUAGCUAUGAUGGACUCAACACUCUAGAGAAAGAUUUAUUUUUGGACAUUGCAUGUUUCUUUAGGGGGAUGAGUAUGAAAAGCAAACAUGAUGGAAUGGAGAUACUUGAGGCUUGUGGGUAUCACCCUUGUAUAGGUAUAAAGAUUUUGAGAGAAAAAGCUCUCAUAACCAUUAAUAGGGAUGGUAAGUUUGAUAUGCACGAUCUGAUUCAAGAAAUGGGACACUUCAUCGUCAGAGGUGAAGAUCCUGACAAUCCUGAAAAACAUAGUAGAGUUUGGAAACAUAAUGAAAUUCGUAACAUGUGUUCUCGUGGAGCAAUAAUGCAAAAUGACAAAAUUAAAGCGAUACGAUAUUGUGGGGAUGAUCAUCGUGGUCAUACAUCUCCUUUUUGUAUGAUUGUUUCAAACUUGAAACAACUGAGGUGGCUUAAGGUGUAUAUAAUGGAAUACAAGUAUGACGAAAUUAAAGCGCCUACAUUUCUUUCAAAUGAGUUAAGGUAUAUUAAUUGGAAACACUAUCCCACAUCUCCAUUCCCGGAAAGUUUCCAGCCCGUGAAGAUGGUCGUUAUAAAGUUGGAAUACAGCUUGCAAAAAGAACUUUGGAUGGGUUACAAGCAUCUACCUCAUUUGAAAGUGCUUCAACUCAGUAGGAUGGAAAACCUACUCAGGACUCCAGACUUUAGGGGACUUCCUUGUCUUCAAAAAUUUGUUCUGGAACGCUGUCCAAGGUUAGAAGAGAUCCAUCCAUCACUUGGAAAUCAUUCAAGUCUUGAAUACUUAAAAGUAUCAAGGUGUGACAGGCUUCAAAUGUUUCCAACAAUUGUCCAAAUGGACAAACUCAAGACUCUUAAAAUAGACGAGUGUCAUAAGAUUUCCAAGUUCCCGAAGAUCCAAGCAAACAUGAAAAGCUUGGUAAAGUUGUCGUUGGAUCAUAUUGGGAUAGAAGUUCUACCCUCAUCAAUUGCAGAACGUUGUUCCAAACUUGAAACAUUCUUAAGAAAGUUGGGUAUCAGUUAUUGCCACUUGAAAGAUGGAAAAAUUCCAUCACAUAUUGGUGAGUUGUCCACGUUACAAGAGCUAGCUCUAAGAGGUAAUGACUUUACACGGGUACAUUUCAGCCUCACACAACUUACUCAGCUUAGAUGCCUUGACCUGUCGGAUUGCGAAAGGCUUGUAGAAUUGCCCAAGCUCCCAUCAAGUUUAGCUAUUCUCGAAGCAGACCAAUGCACAUCACUUGCAACUGUUGGAGAUUGUCACACAGAUUGUAAAAGGUUAUGUAUAGUCUCAAUUACGUAUGGGGCUACUAUCACCGAUGGCAGCAGAUUACUAGAAUCCAUGCUUCAGGGAAAUCCUAUUGAAGAUCACUAUAUGCAUCUUGCAGUGCGAAGUGAUGAGAUUCCAAAGGGGUUUAUACCCCGUCUUUGUAAAGGAAGUAAACGUACCUUGCAACUUCCAAACAACUGGCGUGAUGACUUCUGUGGACUCUUAAUGUGUGCUGUUUUUUCACAUGAUUUUAACCUCCACACUAACACGAUAAGUAUCGAACAACCAAUUAGUGAUGAGGGAAUGGAUUCUGGACAAAAUGAUGUGGUUUGGGAGGAGCGUAUGGGCAGUACUAGUACAUGGGUGGGGUAUAUUUCAUUUGGUUCAUUGAGACACACGUGUUGGUGGGAUCAUACACACGACACCCGCUCGCUCUCCAUUGAUGUACUUUAUUGUAAUUUGCUUGGAGUUAGGCUGGUCCCCAGGAAUAGCAGAGAUGGUCGUCUAAGAGAAACAUCUACAGAUUCUUCUGAACUUUCAGAUUACAAACCUAGGUUCAAGAUUCUACAUGACUCUGCGUAUGCUUUAAAGAUUUUUCUUAGCCAAUAUAAGAAAUCAUAUACGUGA